AUGGAGAUGAAGAGAGAAACCAAGGAGGAAGAGCACAACAAGGAGGAUAGCAUACACACUAUAGUGUUCACAGCAGGUACAUUUCUCCUAAUGGUGUGUCUAAAGCACUUUCUAGUUGAGCAAUGGCGUGCUUGGGUGUUCCUCAUCCUCAAUGUCAUUUUGUUAGCCAUUCUAUUCAUGUCUAUGAGGCCAACCAACUUAGAUCACAGUUCAGAAAGUGAAAGCAGUGUGGAAGAAGUGAGGAGUGACAAAAAAGAGAUAAAGAGGCCGAGUGGGAGCUCUCAAGAAAUUGAAGAAGGAAAAGAUUGCUACAUAAAGCAAAGUUGGAGUAGUACUAGUACUAGUACUAGUAGUAAUACUUAUGUACAUGUUGAGAAUGAAGUAGCAGAAGAGGCUGAGGAGGAGGAAGAGGAGCAGGUUCCGGUGCUGUCCAAGGAGGAGUUGAAUGAGAGAGUGGAAGCUUUCAUUGCCAUGUUUAGGCAGCAUUUGAUCUCUGAUGUCAAACAAGCUGAAAAUUUCAAACUCCACAAGAUUGAAGUGUCUUGCUGUUGA